UGUGGGUGUGUCUUACUCUCUGCUCUGGGGGUUAGGGAUGGAUGGACGGCCUGGUUUGGUUUGACUCUAUCGUUAUACCUCCUAGCCGGAUUGUCGGACUAUGAAUUGUCUCGUCUUGUGCGGAAUUGAAUGCUUGCCGUUUGACUUACAUGCUAUUUGUAUACCUAGUUUUGAAGCGAACAUCUGUUUGUCUGUCUACCUAUCUGUGUAUCUACAUAUGUAUUCAUCAGUAGGCCUCGUUGGAUUCGCAUUCGUGGCUGGAUUCUGUAUGCUACGUAUAUUCUAUGUCUAGACAACUACGCGGGCUAUACAAGAGCAUACAAACAUCCAAGAGAAAGAUAGAAAGAUAGAAGAUAUUGUCUAAUCUAUCC